AUGACCAGGCCUUAUGCUAUCAAACAGGAGAAGGGUGCGUCUUGGGGAAAUGGAUCCAUCUGUGACAAUUGGCCGCACCGCUGCACCGACUGCGGCAAGGGCUUUACGCACGUCUCGGGGCUGAGAAUCCACCGGCGCACGCACACCGGGGAGCGGCCCUACCGCUGCGCCGACUGCGGCAAGGGCUUCGCGCGCAGCUCCAAGCUGAGGCGACACCAGCGCACGCACGCCGGGAAUUGGCCGCACCGCUGCACCGACUGCGGCAAGGGCUUUACGCACGUCUCGGGGCUGAGAAUCCACCGGCGCACGCACACCGGGGAGCGGCCCUACCGCUGCGCCGACUGCGGCAAGGGCUUCGCGCGCAGCUCCAAGCUGAGGCGACACCAGCGCACGCACGCCGGGAAUUGGCCGCACCGCUGCACCGACUGCGGCAAGGGCUUUACGCACGUCUCGGGGCUGAGAAUCCACCGGCGCACGCACACCGGGGAGCGGCCCUACCGCUGCGCCGACUGCGGGCGGGGCUUUGCCCACAGCUCCAGCCUGAGGAGACACCGGCGCACGCACACCGGGGAGCGGCCGCACAGCCGGGAGACGUGCGGCCAGGGCUUUGCCCAGGUUUCACACUUGAGAAGACACCAGCGCACGCACACCGGGGAACAGCCUCACCAGUGCGCGGACUGCGGCAAGGGCUUUGCACAGAUUGCGCACCUGAGAAGACACCAGUGCGUGCACGCCAGGGAGCCGGCGCUGUGCUGCGUGGUCUGCGGGAAGGGCUUUGCCUGCCGCUCGAACCUGAGAGAGCACCAGCGCACGCACACCGGAGAGCGGCCGUUCCAGUGUGCCAACUGCGGCAGGAGCUUUGCGCAGAGCUCACACCUGAGAACACACCAGCGCACGCACACCGGGGAGCGGCUGCACCCCUGUCACGAUUGCGGCAGGAGUUUCAGCAGCCCCAGUGCGCUGACCAGGCAUCAGCGUACACACACCGGGGAGCGGCCCUUCCAGUGCACGGACUGCGGCCAGAACUUUGCACAGAGCUCGCACCUGAGAAGACACCAGCACGUGCACAGCGGGGAGCAGCCGUACCGCUGUGCUGAGUGUGGCAAGUGCUUUUCGCAAUUGGCCAACCUCGCCCGGCACCAGGGCACCCACACCAACACCUCUCUGCCAGGGCCUGAGGGGCUUCUGGUGGCCGAGGAGACAGGGUGCAAGGAGAGAGCCAUUUUCUGUAGCCAUAUUGUAAGAUCUAAAGCCUGUAGCCUUUCAUCUGCCACCAAAUUAAAGGAGCAUCAGCCAUUGGCUGAGAAGCCAAGAGUCACAUCCUCACGUUCCUUCUAA